GGAUCUUUCCUCAGUGGACCUGACAAGUCCUCAGUUUCGACCGAAGUCGCAUCAAGCGACCGAGCAAGAAGGGAGAAGACUGCAGAGGCGAGAAACAGAGAGAAGCUCUGAGAGGGAGAGCAAGAGGCAGAGAGAAUGCAUUCGUUCGUGUACCGUGCCAACGCUUUACUAACUUUCGCCGUUACGAUACUGGCGGUAAUGUGCGCAAUGGCCUCUUUCUCCGACAAUCUCAAUGUCCCCUCUCCCACUGCUGAAGUUCAGGUACUUAACAUAAAUUGGUUUCAGAAGCAUCCAAACGGAAACGACGAGGUCAGCUUGACAUUGAACAUGUCUGCCAACUUGCAAUCAAUGUUUACAUGGAACACAAAGCAGGUUUUUGUAUUUAUAGCAGCUGAGUAUGAAACCCCACUGAAUUCUCUGAAUCAGGUUUCACUUUGGGAUGGUAUCAUACCGUCAAAAGAGCAUGCAAAAAUCUGGAUCCACACAACAAACAAGUAUCGUUUUUCAGAUCAGGGAAGCAAUCUUCGGGGCAAAGAAUUUAACUUGACGUUGCAUUGGCAUGUCAUGCCCAAGACUGGUAAGAUGUUUGCUGACAAAAUAGUUAUGACUGGAUACCGCCUGCCAGAUGAGUACAGAUAAUGGGGCGCCUGUCUUCUGAGAUGUACCUUUGAUCUUUUUCUCCAUGAUGGAUAUGGAAGAAGUUAGGCAGAAUGGUAAGGGAGUAAACAGGGAAUUUUAGGUUUUGGGAAUGGAAAAAGAAAAUUAAAAAUUGAAGUUUCUCUGGUUUUUCUACAAUUUUUGUGCAGUAAUUCUAAGAUGGAAAAGAAAACUCUGUAUCCUUUAAUUAUUGAGCUAAUGUUGUUUCGGUUGAUUGACUGGAUUAGAUUGAACUUUCCCUGCGACACAUCAUGAUAUCAUUUAUCAUCUUUAAUUUUUAUUUCUA